AUGGAUAGAAAUACACCACAAAAUAACAACAAUUAUUCAUCAUCAUCACAUCAUUAUCACGGUGGAAGGGAUUACAAUCGUAGAGAUUAUGACAGGUAUGAUAAUAAUUACUAUCACAAUGAUAGAAGAGAUUAUGAUGGGUAUAAUUCUUACUCAAACCGAGGUGGAGGAUCAUCAUAUCACAACAACAACAACAACAACAACAGAACACCUCCUCCACGAUCAUCAAAUUAUAGGGAACAACAAGAAAAUGGAGAUUCAUCACCUCCUAGAAGUCCAACAUCCUCAUCCCAAACAUCAAAAAUUAGAGAAAUGUCGUAUGCUGAGAGGGUUAGUAUUUUCAAGAAAAUGUUAGAUGAUUGUAAAGUUCAAAUAGAUGAUGAUUGGUCUAGAGCAAUGAAAAGAGUUGGUAACGACUCUAGAGUUAAAAUAAUUAGUAGGAUUCAAGAUAGAAAGGACAUCUUUCAUCAAUACAUUUCCGAAAAAAUUACUAGGGAAAGAGAAAUGAAAAGAGAAAAACGAAGAAAAUUAAGAGAGGAUUUUUUAAGUAUGUUAGCAGAACUAAAAUCUACUCCUAUAUUUUCUCAACCUAAAGCCUAUCUAUCAACAACUUAUCAACAGGUUUUACCAAAAAUUGAAAAUGACCACAGAUUUUUAAAUGUGGAAAGUGAGGAUGACAGAUUGGAUUAUUUUUACUCUUUUCUUGAUGAAUUGGAAAAUAAGGAUAAGGAUAUUUCAAAACAAGAAAAGAAGGAGAAGAAAAUACGUUUUAAAGAGUUACUCAUCAGGAAGAAGGAACAAGGCCUAAUUUCCUACAGAACUCUUUGGAGACAUAUCAGAGAAAAAAUUCAAUCAGAGGAAGAAUAUAAAGCUUUAGAUUACUGUGAUAGAUUGUUAGUUUGGGAAGAAUUCAUUUCAAAUUUGGAGCUUGAACAUUAUAACAAGAAAAAGCAAAGACGUGAAGAAAGAGAAAGACUCAUUAAACAACAUGCAGAUAAUUAUUGGGAUUUACUCUCUGAUUUGAGAAAGAGUGGUAAAGUCAAUGUACUUUCUAGCUGGAAGGAGGUUAAGCCAAUAAUUGAAACUGAGGAUCGUUAUCAAGCUAUUGCUAAUCAAACUGUAGACAUACCACCAUCUUCACCAAUGAGGCAUCAAGAACAAAGAUCACGUAAUACUAUUGAAAAGGCCAGAGCUAUUUUCAAUGAUUUUAUAGAUCAUUUACUUUCAAUCUACAAACAAGACAAGAAAACAUUUAGAAAAUUGAUUAAGGAUUUGGAUAUUGUAAUUGAUGAUACAAGCAACUUUGAAGAAUUCAAAUCAAAGAUAGAGAAGGAUGACAGAGUUUCAUCAAUUAGUCCUGACAAUAUUUCUAUUCUUUUUGAGGAAGCUGUUGAUAAGGCUAAAGACAAGAAAAGAAAAUAUCAACCAACCUCGGAAGAAAAUUUCAAUCAGGAUGAGGUAGGUGAAGAUUUUAAACACAGGAAAAUUGAAGGCUCUGAACAGAUGACAAAUCAGCAAUAA